CAACUUAUCAAAUCGUUCAUCAUUCUCUCUUCUUCUAGCGUUUGAUGGCAAGGGGCUGACUGCGAGAUGGAAAUCGACGAUGACGAUGAAGAUGGCGGCGGAAUCAGCCGCCCAAAAUUCCAGUAAUUUGAUUUUGGCGGCGGAAAGGACUCGCCGAAGAGAUCCGACGGAUAAUUUCCGGUACUACAACGGCGGUUGGAACCUUUCCAAUCCACACUACUUUGCUUCGACAGGUUAUGCUUCCCUAGGCCCUUUCGUCACCGCAGUUUUAUGGUUCAUCAUUUUUCCAAUGUGGGUUUUCUGUAUGUGUAUACGAUGUUGCUGUUGUCCACGCAAGACUUAUGGCUAUUCUCGACAUGCCUAUAACUUGUCCCUCAUUUUUCUCAUCCUCUUAACUAUUGCGGUCAUAGCAGGAGGUGUGUUUAUAUUCGUUGGCCAAGCAAGAUUUGAGAAAAGCAUUUCUAAUCUAAUCAGCUAUGUUCUGCACAGAGUAGACACAGUUGUUGGUAACAUCAUGGACUUGUUUAAUAAUAUGUUAGCAGCCAAGGAUGUUGGGGUUGGACAGAUUUCCUUGCCUGAAAAACAGAAGAACGAUGUUGACCAAAUCGGAAGUACAAUCAAUGGAGUAUACCAGAGUUUUCGUGACUUCACUACCAAGAGUGGAAAUGAUGUCAUUAGCUAUCUAAAUCCCCUAAAACUAAUCCUCAUUACUCUUGCUACUAUCGUCAUUCUCGUGGCAUUCCUUGGGCUCUGUAUGCUUCUUUCCCCUCAUCUUGUUUUCUUUUGACAAUAACAUAAUUCAACUGAACAAUAAAUUUGUCUCCAAAAAGCAUUCAUGUUUCUAAAAUAAUAAGCCUCUUCAAAAACAUUGCUCUUUUCUACGUGUGAAGUACUAGUAUUAGUGAGUAUUACAUAUUACACCCUCCGUCCUGAAAAAAGUUCGGCUUACGGU